UAAAUUUAUUUAGUCUUUCUUCAAGUUUUUUUUAAGGAAGUGAAAAAUGUGGAAAAUACAAGGCAUUUGCCUACUUAUUUUAAUAGCAAGCUCUCUAGUCUCAUCGAGUAUUCCACCAAGAGAAACUCGAGAAGAUUUCAAGCCAUUAAGUAAUCGGAUUACUCCGAAAAAGUUAUCAGAUGAAAAAAGUACAAUUAAUUAUCGUCUUCCAAAUAAUACACGUCCAUUGCAUUAUGAUAUUCAUUUGACUACACAUGUUCACGAAAGUAAAUUUGAAUUUGAGGGUCACGUGAUUGUAAAAUUUGAGCUAAAGUCAGCUCCAUUGAAUGAAAUUACACUUCACAUGAAGAAAAUAAAUAACUUAAUAGUGAAAUUAUUGGAUAGCAAUAAAAAUUUACUUGCAAGUAACUUAGACUUUGAUACUGAUAAUGUGACUGAUUUUCUCACAAUCAAGACACAAAGUUCCUUGACAAUCGGACAAAAUUACUAUCUUGAGUUCGAUUAUGACAGUGAAUUAAGAGAUGAUAAUUUGGGAUUUUACAAAUCAUCAUAUGUGAAUGAACAAAAUGAAAUUGUAUGGCUUGCCACUACUCAAUUCGAAAGUGUAGAAGCUCGAAGUGCUUUUCCAUGUUGGGAUGAGCCAAAUAUUCGAGCUCCUUUCAAAAUCCAGAUUACACAUGGCGAAAACUAUAAAGCUAUUAGUAAUAUGCCAGAAAAGUUACCUACACCAAGUGGAAUUCAAGGUUAUGUAACUACAGAAUUUGAAGAAAGUUUCAGCAUUCAAACUUACUUAGUCGCAUUUAUUAUCUCUGAUUUUAAAAACAAUCUUGACGAUUCCAAGCCAAUUAAACAAAGAGUUUUUGCAAAAUCACAAUCAAUUGAAGCAGGUGAUGGCGAUGUUGGGUUAAAGUAUGGUCAAGAGAUCUUAACAAAACUUGCUGAAUAUUUGCAAGUUCCUUAUUUCGAUGGAAAGCUAUCGAAAAUGGAUCAAUUUGCUAUGCCUGAUUUUGAUGCUGGUGCUAUGGAGAAUUUUGGAUUGGUGACCUACCGCGAAGAAUAUCUAUUGCACAAUAAAUCGGUUGAUACAACGAAGCAGAAAGAAAAUGUUUUGACUAUAGUUUCUCACGAAUUUGCUCAUAUGUAUUUCGGUGAUUUGGUUUGCCCGCAAUGGUGGAACUAUUUAUGGUUAAAUGAAGGUUUUGCCACUUUGUACGAGUUUUAUUUGGUCAGUUUGGUCUAUGAAUCAGAUCGUCUUAUGGACUCAUUUCUUUUGAAUGUCGUACAUCCUGUACUUGAAGUUGACGGAAAUCCACAACGUCCCAUGUCUUAUUAUGUUGAAGAACCUGAUGAUAUUGACGAUCUUUUCGAUUGGAUUGCUUAUGAAAAAGCUGGAAGUGUUUUGCGUAUGAUGCAAAAUGCAAUUGGAGAUAAUACAUGGCGUAAAGGAUUGAAGUACUACUUGACAGAGAGGAUUUUCAAUGACGCAACUCCAAGUGACCUUCACGCGAAUUUGCAAAAAGCAGUGAAUGAAGAUGGUUUGGAAGCACCUGAUAUUGACAAAGCCAUGCUUUUAUGGGAAAAUCAAGCAGGCUACCCACUUAUUACCGUUAGUUUAAGUGAAGAAAAUUUGACAUUUACACAAGAGAGGUUUUUGUAUGAUCUUCCUGAAACUGCGUCUGAAGGUUUGUGGUAUGUUCCAAUUAACUACAUUUCAGCUUCAGACUCUGAAAUUACAACAACAAAAGCUGACUUGUGGAUGAAUGAACAGAAAAAAACACUUUUAAGAAAAAGUGCUCCAAAAAAUUGGAAUAAAGACGAUUGGAUUAUUGUAAAUCUACAACAAGGUUAUUAUUACCGUGUUAAUUAUGAUAAUAAAUUGUGGAUGUCUCUCACAGAGCAGCUUAACAGUUGUCAUGAUAAAAUUGAUUUGAGAAAUCGGGGGCAGUUAAUUGACGACUCGUUUAAUUUGGCACGUGCCGGUAUCGUCCAAUAUGACAUUCCAUUUGGAAUAAUUAAGUAUUUGAAAAAUGAAAUCGAUUAUGUACCUUGGCAAUCGGCAUACGGUAGUAUACUUUUAUUAAAUCGAUUGUUAAGUGGAUUGAAUGUGCACACAAAAUAUCAAAAGUUUAUAAGAAAUCUUGUCGAACCAUUUUAUACGAGAAUUGGAAAUGAAGUUGUUGAAAAUGAACAUAAAUUCAAACGGUAUUCACGAACAAUAGCUUACAAUCUAGCAUGUCGCUUUGAACAUGAAUCGUGUUUACAAGAAACAAAGUCAAAGGUUGAGGAAGAAUCAUUACAUCCUGAUUUACAGGAAGCAAUCUACUCAAAUGGACUAAGGAAUGUUGAUAAAAAAGUUUAUGAGGAUGUUAUUGCUAAGAUGCUUAAUUCCAAGUACCAAGCUGAAAGAACUUUACUCAUUAGAGCCUUAGCUUCAACUCAAAAUGAAGAGCUUUUGCCAUUACUUUUGGAAUUAGGAGUAUCAAAUGAGCCAAAAUUGCGACUUCAAGAAAAGUACAGAAUCUUCAGUGCAAUUCCAAAUGGAGGAGCAGUAGGAGCAAAAGUAGCUAUGAAGUUCGUAGAAGAAAACUACAAAAAGCUUAAUAAUAUUUCAUCAUCACUGACAAGUUCAAUCUUAAACAACAUCGCCCCAUUAAUUUCUUCCGAGGAACCAAUCAAGCAAUUCAAUCAACUCCUUGACAUUUUAGUAACUGAGAAAGUUAUUUCCGAAAGCCGCAAAGAGUCUUUUUUGAAAAUAGUAAAUUCAACCAAAGAAUGGCAAGACAAACAUGUUAAAAAUAUCGAGGAAUGGCUUGAUCUUAAUGGAUCAACCGUUAAUUUUAUAUCAGCAGUUGUUUUGACAUUUUCGUUUGUUAUAAAAUUACUUUUGUAAACUGAAAAUAUUCUUUAAAUAAAUCAACUCACGUGAAUGAUUUUUAUUGCCUCA